AUGAGCGGGCGGCUGCGGCGGGAGCCGCGGAGCUCGGCGCGGGCGAAGCGUGAGGCGGAGCCCCGGGGCGGAGCCGCCGCCGGCCGGGCCAAGCGGGAGCGGGAGCCCCGGGGGAGCCCGGCCCGUGCCAAGCGCCCGCGGGAGGAGGCGUCGGCGGCCUGGCCCGACCCCGCCGGGACCCGCGGGAAGCGCGACCGCCUGCAGGACGACCAGUCCCAGCCCCACCGGGAAGUGCGAGUGAGACAUGGCCGCCUGGACUCCGAGGACCGGCGGAGCCGCCACUGCCCGUACCUGGACACCAUCAACAGGAGCGUCUUGGACUUUGACUUUGAGAAACUGUGCUCCAUCUCCCUCUCGCACAUCAAUGUGUACGCCUGCCUGGUGUGUGGCAAGUACUUCCAGGGCCGAGGGCUGAAGUCUCAUGCGUACAUCCACAGCGUCCAGUGCAGCCACCACGUCUUCCUCAACCUGCACACCCUCAAGUUCUACUGCCUCCCCGACAAUUACGAGAUCAUCGACUCGUCCCUGGAGGACAUCACCUACGUGCUGAAACCCACCUUCACCAAGCAGCAGAUUGGCAACCUGGAUAAGCAGGCCAAGCUGUCCCGGGCCUACGAUGGCACCACCUACCUGCCGGGCAUUGUGGGAUUGAACAACAUAAAGGCCAACGACUACGCCAAUGCCGUGCUUCAGGCUCUGUCCAACGUCCCGCCGCUGCGCAACUAUUUCCUGGAGGAGGAAAACUACAAGAACAUCAAGCGCCCACCCGGGGACAUCAUGUUCCUCCUGGUGCAGCGUUUCGGGGAGCUGAUGAGGAAGCUGUGGAACCCGCGGAAUUUCAAGGCCCACGUCUCGCCCCACGAGAUGCUGCAGGCCGUGGUCCUGUGCAGCAAAAAGACCUUCCAGAUCACCAAGCAAGGUGACGGGGUCGACUUCCUGUCUUGGUUUCUCAACGCCCUGCAUUCGGCCCUCGGCGGGACCAAAAAGAAGAAGAAAACGAUCGUGACGGACGUCUUCCAGGGUUCCAUGAGGAUUUUCACCAAGAAGCUGCCACAUCCUGAUCUGCCCGCGGAGGAGAAAGAGCACUUGCUGCACAACGACGAGUACCAGGAGACGAUGGUGGAAUCGACGUUCAUGUACCUGACGCUGGACCUCCCCACCGCGCCCCUCUACAAGGAUGAGAAAGAACAGCUCAUCAUCCCCCAAGUGCCGCUCUUCAACAUCUUGGCCAAGUUCAACGGGAUCACGGAAAAGGAAUACAAGACGUACAAGGAGAACUUCCUGAAACGUUUCCAGCUCACCAAACUGCCUCCGUACCUCAUCUUUUGCAUUAAGAGAUUCACCAAAAACAACUUCUUCGUGGAGAAGAACCCAACCAUCGUCAACUUCCCUAUCACGAACGUGGACCUGCGGGAAUACUUGUCCGAGGAGGUUCAGGCCGUGCACGAGAACACCACCUACGACCUGAUAGCCAACAUCGUCCACGACGGGAAGCCUACAGAGGGCUCGUACCGGAUCCACGUCCUCCAUCAUGGGACGGGGAAGUGGUACGAGUUGCAAGACCUGCAGGUGACAGACAUUCUUCCUCAGAUGAUCACACUGUCGGAGGCGUACAUCCAGAUAUGGAAGAGGCGGGAUAGUGAUGAAACCAACCAGCAGGGAGCGUGAACCGUAGGUCAGCCCACCCCGAGCUGAUCCACCAGCUUAUCCGAAGCCGGCCCCCACUGACCGACCCACCCACCGUUGUGACAAGAGGCAAGCGAAGAUGUGGCCCGCUCUGGGUUUGGCCCACCCCACCCUAGCUGGCCACUUCCUGGCCCCGCUGGCCAUACUUAGUAGCGGUGUAACUUACUGCACAGAGAGGGUUCUGAGGCUAAAUGCCAGUAUGCUUCAAGCCAUAGGUGUGGUUAACAGAUUCCGUGUCACCAGAGGGCUGGGCCAGGCCACAGGGCCACCGCCUCCUCGUGCCUGCCCUCUAGGUGUGGGGCGGGUGACUUCCCCUGGGCAGCCGCCCUUGUGAACGUGAGCACGAGUGCCGUGCUUUGUAGUGUAUAUUAAAUGUGCCCGUUUCUAUCUC